ACAGUACUUAAAUCGAAAGCGAAUAAAACGGGUGUGCCAGAUCGGUGUUACAACCCCUUUUCCGAGUCUCCAGAAAUUUUUUUUGGCUAAUUUUUGUUUCUUGUUCAACUUAACCAUACGUUUUAAGCUUAAUUGAAUACCAUCGAAAUCAUCGACAAAGUCGAAUCAAUUCUACUGCGAUAUAUAGAUUCAGUUGUAUCGGUAAUACUACUCUUAAAUAAGUGAAUUGUGUAUAGAGAAACAUACUACUUAGCGCAUAGAGUUCAAAUACACAAAAAGAAAACUUCUAAGAAAAAUCGACACAAAAGCCGAUCACAGAUAAAGUGAAUGUCUCAUUUAAAUAACACAUUCAGUCGAUAACCCAUCCCCAAAUGCAAAAGAAAUGGGAGUGGCCGACGAUUUUGCUCCCAGCUUCACCCAGAAGCCACAGUUGCGGCAAGAAGACGAUGGUAAUCGUUUAAUAUUCGAAUGUCAAUUGCUUGCAUCACCGAAACCAGAAAUCGAAUGGUAUCGAAGUGAUGAGCUACUGAAACAAGAUGCCAGAACAACAUUUAAAAUACAACCUGUAGGUGAUAAUAAGUUUACAGUAGUGUUAGACUUAGACGAUGUUGUUGAACAAGAUGCUGGGCUUUAUAAAGUUAAAGCCAAAAAUAAAAUGGGCGAAGUUGCGGCAUCGAUCAAUUUAAACUUUAGCCCGGCUGACGAACCUAAAGAGAGGCAAAUCGACGGAAUCGCGCCGACUUUCGCGAAAAAACCAGCCAUUCGACAAGAAGACGAUGGCAAACGAUUAUUGUUUGAAUGUCGUAUUCAGGCCGACCCAAAACCUUCGGUUACUUGGUCACAUAACGGAACACCCGUUAAAGAGUCAUCUAGGCAUAAGCUGAUGAUCGACAAAGACGGCCAUUCAUAUUUUGCAUCACUUGAAAUUAAAAAUGUCACAGUUGAGGAUGCUGGCAAAUACAAAGUGACUGCAAAAAAUGAAUUGGGCGAAUCUAACGCAACAAUAAGUUUAAAUUUCGACAGCGACGAAGCACCAGUUCCAGAUGAUGGCAUUAAACCAACAUUUACCGAACGACCCGUUAUCCGGCAGACAGAUGAUGGUGCAAAAAUAACUUUUGAAUGCAGAUGUGUUGGAGAUCCAAAACCAACCAUCGCAUGGUUCCAUGGAAAAGAACAAGUAAACGAAGGUGGAAGAUAUCACAUGUCCCUGGAAAAUGACCAGAAGCUAUAUCAUAUGGCGCGUUUAGAAAUAUCUAAGGUCAUAACAGGUGACAAAGGUGAAUAUCGGGCAGUGGCCAAAAACAAACACGGUGAAGGUGUAGCAACCAUAAACCUAAAUUUCGAGGGAAGUGGUAAACCGAAAAUUCCUGACGGUAAAUCACCUCGAUUCCCGAAGAAACCAACUAUUCGUCAGGAUGGCGAUUUGCUGAUUAUGGAAUGCAUAUUGGAAGCAAAUCCUGUGCCUGACAUUUCGUGGUUUCAAGGGGAUAAACUCAUCUCCGACUCGCCGAGAAUUAAAAUGUCGAGGAAAGCAACAUCGAAAGACACAUACGUACUUACUCUAGAGAUAACAAAUCCGACACAAGAGGAUGGUGGCAAUUACAGGUGUAAUGCUUUUAAUAGUUACGGAGAAAGCAAUGCAAACAUCGCUCUCAAUUUCCAAGGUGGAGACGAUGCCAAUGGUUUUGCUCCAUCGUUUAUUGAAAAGCCUCGCAUCAUACCAAACGAAGCGGGAACGCUCAUUACAAUGAAGUGUCGUUGUAAAGCAAAACCAGCACCAGUAGUAACAUGGUAUCGUGGCACAGAAGUUGUCAAGGAAUCGGAAAAAAUUGCCAUCAAGUCAUCCAGUACAGAAGAAGAUAUUUACGAACUUGUGCUUGAAAUUAAAGAUCCAAGUGCACCAGAUGGCGGUACCUACCGUUGCCAUGUUAAAAAUGAAUUUGGCGAAAGUAACGCCAACUUGAAUUUGAACAUCGAAGCAGAACCUGAGCCAGAAGGCGAAGGACCCACAUUUAUUGACAAACCACGCAUCGUAUCAGAGAAUAACGGAAAAUUGGUCAUUAUGGAUUGCAAGGUAAAAGCAAAUCCAAAACCGGAUAUCCUCUGGACACGCGAAGGAGAAGUGGUGAAGGAAAGUGGAAAGUGUGUCAUGACGAUGCGCGAAAAGGGUGACAUCUACUACAUCAGAUUAGAAUUGGUUGAACCGGCAUUGGAAGAUUCUGGCCUCUACAAAUGUAACAUCAAGAACAAUUUGGGAGAGCUAAACGCCAACUUGACUUUGAAUAUCGAAAUUAUUCCGGUCAUCAAAGACAAGCCGAAAAUCAUUAAAAUCGUCAAAAAGCGCACCGUUAUCAUCGAAUGCGUGGUCGUUUCGAAAUUCGAACCAAGAUGUACCUGGUUUAAGGAGACAAACGAAGUCAAAGAAAGUGAACGACACAAGGUCGACAUUCAGCAAGUCAAAGACGGCGAAUUUGCCGUUAAAUUGGAAAUAUCCGAAAUCACAGACAGCGACAAGGGUUCAUACAAGAUGGUCGCUAAAAACGAAAAAGGUGAAGCGAUCUCACAGGUUGUCGAACUCAUCGACAUACCCGAAGAAGAACGCAAAGUGGUUAAGCCGCACAUUGUCAAGCAAUUGCGUAAUCAAAAUAUCCACGAGGGCAGCGCAUUGGAAUUGAUUGCAGCCAUCAAAGAAAGCGAUAAGAAGGCUAAGGUUGUGUGGUACAAGAACACAACGGAAAUCAAUGAAAAGAGCGCUCGGGAAAUUAAUACGUCAUGGGAUGGUACAACGGCCAAAUUGAGCAUCAGCCGCGUAUCCACUCAACAUACGGCUUCUUACCGCGUAGUAAUCAGUAAUGAGGCUGGUGGCGACGAAUCAACAUCAAAGGUUGAGGUGAAAAAGAAGGAAGAAAAGAAGAAAGAGGAGGAGGAAGAAGAAGAGGAAGAAAAGGUCGAGGAAGAGUCAAAGACAGACAAAAAGAAGAAGGUGGAGAAGAAAAAGAAGGAAGAAAAGAAGGAAGUUACUGAAGAAGAGGUUAAAAUCGAAGAGUCAGUACAGGAGCCCAAAACGGCUGAUUCUAAUGACAUACCCGAUGGUGAAGAAACCGUCGAGGACAUUUGGCCAUCCGAAGAAGACGACAAUAAAUCGGCAAAAGCUCAAUCAAAGGUCGAGCCUGAUAAGGCCACAGAAAAGGCACAAACCGAUCAAGUUGAGGAUGUCAAGGAGCCCAAAAAAUCAGUAAAGGCUAAGGACAAAGAAGUUGUUGAAACUGAGGUCGUGGAAGAGGUCGAAGAAUCUGAGGAAGAGCGAUCCGAAUCCAUUUCGACAAAGAAACCGAAACCCGAAACUAAGGACGAUAAAAAGAAAUCGAAGGACGAUGAGAAAAAAGAACCAGCGGAUGCAAAGAAAGUAGAGGAUGCAAAGAAAGCGGAAGAAGCAAAGAAAGUGGAAGAUAAGAAGGCAGAGGAAACGAAGAAAGCUGAAGAAGCAAAAAAAGUGGAAGCGAAAAAAGUAGAAGAAGCCAAAAAAGCUGACGAAGCCAAGAAAGCUGAAGAAGCCAAGAAAGCUGAAGAUAAGAAGAAAGAAGACAAAAAGAAGGAAGCUGAAGCCAAGAAAGUAGAGGAUACUAAAAAGAAGGAAGCUGAAGCUAAGAAGGCUGAAGAAGCUAAGAAGGCAGAAGAAGCUAAGAAGGCAGAAGAAGCUAAGAAGGUAGAAGAAGCGCAGAAGGUAGAAGAAGCUAAGAAAGCUGAAGACUCCAAAAAGAAGUUAGCGGAAGAGAAGAAAAAGAAGGAUGCUGAAGCUAAGAAAGCAGAUGAGCCUAAAAAAGCAGAAGAAGCAAAGAAAUCCGUUGAUGAUAAAAAACCUACAGCAAAGAAAGUUGAUGACGCUCCUCAAGAAUCAGCUGCUGAUGAAGUUGACGAUAUUUGGGGACCUUCAGAAGACGAACCCGUGCAACCAGCACGAAAGUCAGCCAAAUCGGACGAGCAAAAACCUGAACAAAAAUCUAAAGGCGAGCCACCAGAAGAUUAUUGGGGUAAAGACGAGGUAGAUGAGCCGUUAGCAAUUAAAAAGGAAAAGCCAAAACCGAAACCAGACAGGUGGGGCAAAAAGACAGAAGAAGAUGUAGAUAAGCCCCGAGAUGAGACAAUGGAAGAUGUUUGGGGUAAUGCAGAAGAGCCUGCAGAAGUAAAGGAAGAAAAACCCAAACCCAGACCUGAUAGAUGGGGCAAGAAAGCUGAAGAUGAUGUAGAUAAAGUUCAAGAUGAACCGAUAGAAGAUGUUUGGGGCAAAGACGCUGCAGAGGAAGAAAAACCAAAACCGAAACCUGAUAGGUGGGGAACGAAAAAAGAUGAAGAUCAGGCUCCGCAAACGACCGCUGGUGGCGCUGAUAAGAUUGACGAUGUGUGGGGAGACACUGCAGAUGAUGAGCCGAAACAGUCAAAGCCGGGCCAAGAACCUAAGAAAUCACCUGAAGCUCCGACUGCUGAUAAAAAAGAGUUGCCAAAAAUUACUGAUCAAUUGACACCGGACGACGACGACAAACCUAAAAAGAAAGUGGUCAAAAAGAAAACUCUUAAAACGGAUGCAGCGAAAAAAUCCGAACCAGUAGCUACCGACAAACCUAAAAGCGGUAUCGAUGAUAUUUGGGGUGAAGAUACAGCUGAAAAGCCUACCAAAAUUGAUGAUAUUUGGGAUGGUAAAGAAGCUGACGAAACACCAGCCAAUUGGCGAAGACCUUCAGUUAUAUCUCCUGAGGAAACCGCUGACACUAAAACACCUAAAGAUUCGACAACAAAAACACCAAAACAGGCUGAAGCCGAAAAUAAAAAUGGUAGCCUGGAACCAGAGAAAUUGGAGCAAAAGGUUACGAAAAUGGAACCUGAAAAGGAACCCGAGAAGAAAGCACAGAAAGAUGCUCCGAAAACAGCGAUAGAAGUUGCUGAAAAGCAAAAACAGGCUGAGGAAACGUUAGCCGUUACACAAGAAUACAAAUCCGAAACACGUCGUCGUUCAUCUGUAAGGAUGUCUGAAGAGGUUAUGUUUGAACAAGAUGGAAAAAUGUCUUCGUCUAGACGAUCUUCAAUACAGGUGGAAGAAGAGUCAAAAAGUGAGAGUAGACGUUCUUCAAUUAUCGACAAGAAGAAGUCGGAUGAAGCAGUUGUCGAUAGUAAAAUUAAGCCUGGUGUGGCCGAACCAUUACCAAAACUUAAACCAGCUGAUCCAAAUCGACGUCCUUCGGUAAAGGUUGAGAAAAUAGUACCACCAUGGGCAUCUAUUGCACAAGAUCGCAUGCGUUCAAAAAGUGUAUCCUCGUGGUCACCAAUUUGUGAUGACAAUCAGCCACGAGAUCAACCAGAGCAGCAAAAAAUUGAAGAGGUCAAAGUGGCGGAACUGCCAAAGCUACGCAAGGUAGAAGUAAAGCCAAAGGAAGAGCCGGCCAAAAAGGAAGUCACUAAGACAAAAGUGAAAAUUCCCAAGGCAAAGAAAUACGAAGAAUUACCGGAGAUACCAGAUUACGAACGAGCGCAGCUGGAAGUGUACGAAGAAUCGGAAUUCGAGUUGAACAAAAAGGCAGGUGAAACAGAGGAAUAUACUGCUUCUGCAAAACCACAACAGGCUGUGGAAAGCACUCAAGAAGAAGAAAAACCGAAAAAUGGUCUGCCUAAGAAAGAAACUCUUCUACCGGAACCAGAAAAACCGAAACAACUUACAGUCGGAAAAGGACAAUUACCUGAACCAAAACAGAGCGAGAGUGUGCCAACACUUAAGCCAACUAUCAUAACACCGGAAGAGCAAAAGGAACCGGAAAAACAAAAGGAAAAAACUCCAGAACCUGACGCACCCUUGAAUGAAUUGUUAAAACGGCCGUUCCGUCGACAAUCCGUACUAAAUAUGAUCAAACGAGAGCCCGUUAGAAAUGAAAAAUUCAUGGAUAUUCAAUUGAAACCGGUGAUAAAGGAAAAAUCAGAACCACAAACUGCUGGCCAAAGCGAGUCCCUUUUACAAAAGCAAAAGGCAACCAUGAAAACGGUUGAGGGUAAAGACGCGAAACACGCAAAGGUCUCAGCAGCACCAAAACAUGAAGAAUUACCGGAAAUUCCGGACUACGAACGUCCCGAACUCGAAAAAUUCGAUAAACCAGAAUUUGGUAAAACGAGAAAGGAUUCGAAGGUGCCCGAAAUUAAGGCACCAACGCCAGCACCAGAAGCACCAAAAAUUGAAGUUAUUCGUGAGCCAGAUCGCAAAGGAUCUUUGGCACCAGGUUCUGGGCCACCAAGCCGACGUGGAUCACUCAUACCGCCCGAUGACAAUUCCGGACGUCGACCCAGCUUGAUCAUUAGUGAUGAGGAUAAACGUAAACUUCGACCUGGUGAAGUUUUGGAUGACAGAAAGUUAAGGUUGAGGCCGGGCGAGGUAUUAGAUGGCAAGAAUAUCAAAAAGGGUGGUCGACCGGGUGAAUUGGACGCAGAUAAGAAAGGGAACCGAAGACGUGGAUCGAUCGAUGUACGUCGUCCCAGCGUACAGGAUCUGGAAGAUCUUAUUAAUAAACCAUCGACACCACUACGAGAUAUUGGUGACAGUGGACCACCACAAAUUAUCGACGUCCAGGAAAGUUAUUCAGCAGUUGAAGACCAAACUGGCUACAUCACCGUUCAGGUGGAAGGAAUCCCGGCACCUACAUUUAAGUUCUACAAGGGUGUCACCGAAAUUAUCGAAGGCGGUCGAUUCAAAUUUCUCACCGAUGGUGAAUCGAAUUCCAUUACGCUCUGUAUGCGUAAGGUCAAACCGAAUGAUGAAGGCAAAUACAAAAUUGUCGUAUCGAACAUACAUGGCGAAGAUACGGCUGAAAUGCAAUUGUACGUUUCCGAUUCGAGUGGCAUGGAUUUCCGUGCUAUGUUGAAGAAGCGGAAAUACGCCAAAUGGGGCAAUCAGAAAGAAGAUCCGGAUUGGGGUGAUUUGAAAGAGGUUGAGAAACCGAUGCCAGCACUGAAAAAGGUCGAAAAGAAAACGGAUUCGUUCAUGCGACCCUUGUUAGAUCAACGUGCCAAAGAAGGCAAAGACAAAAAGGUCGUCUUUGAUGCUGGAUUCUCCAAGCCGAACUGCAAACCCAAAUGGUACUUCCGUAAGGAUGAACUGUUCACUGGAUCCAAAUACAAAUUCAAAAAUGAACAAGACAGCUACCAACUUGUCAUUAUGAAUCCGAAGGUAGAAGACACUGGCAAGUAUACCAUCAACAUUGGUGGGGUCGAAUCAACUGCUUUCUUGAAUGUCGAAGAAGCCGAUCCAGUUUAUUCGUUCACGAAAAAUUUGAAAAAGAAAUACGACGGAUUCACUCAGCACGAGCUGACAUUGGAGUGUACCGUCAAUAAUUCAUUGGCUAUAGUCACAUGGUGGAAGGAGAGCACCAAAUUGGAAAAUGGCGAACAGUAUCUGAUUGGUAAAGAGCUUUCGGGUAUCUGCAAAUUGCAAAUCAAAAACUGUGACUUCGAUGAUGCCGGUAAUUAUACUUGCAAAAUCGAUAAGCAGACAGACAAAACCGAAACAGUCGUUAAGAUUGUUGAGUACCCAUACAAGUUUGUGAAAGUUCUUAAGUCGCAACAGUUGAUCGAAAAAGACACGGUCACACUGGCUUGUGAAUUAGAUGAUGCUGCCGGCGAAGUAAAAUGGUUUAAGGGCGAAGAGGAAAUUAAACCGGAUAAACGAGUUAAAGUUGUUAAGGACGGCAGAAAGCGUAAGCUUGUCAUCGGAGAUGCAAAGGUUACCGAUGCCGGCGAGUACUCGUGUGUCAGUAAUGCCGACAAAACACAAGCUGAAAUCGUUAUCAACUAUCAAAACAAAUUCAACAAAAAACUUAAGGACACCGAUGCUAUCGAGCGAGAAAAAUUGGUGCUCGAAGUUGAACUUCAAGAUCAGACUGCUCCAGCUGAUUUCAAGUUUAACGGUGAACCCAUUGUGCCAAGCGAACGAAUCGAAAUUAAGAACUUGGGCGGUGGUAAGCAUCAAUUGGUGUUCAACAACUUGGAACUCACCGACGACGGUGAAAUUACAUGCGAUUCUGGAAAACUCAGCUCGUCCUGUAAAUUGACAGUAAGGAAAGGCGAAAGCAUACCAAAGAUCGACUUCCCCGAUAAAUUUGAAGGAACCAUCGCCGCACCUUUGGUCAUGGAAGUGCCGUUUAAAGUUGAUGGCACUAAACAGAGUCCUGUGGAGGCGAAACUGUUCAAAGAUGGUAAACCAUUGUCUAACAAAGACGUUGAAGUUGCUGUCAAAGACGGCAAAGUCGUUUUCCGAAUCAAAAAACCCAGUCGCGAUCAAUCUGGUCCAUACCAAAUUAAAUUGUCGAACGCACAAGGCGAAGAUGUGAAAGACGUGACGAUUGUAAUGCAAGACGUUCCAUCGCCGCCACAAGAUGUAAAUGUUAAGGACGUCUUUGAAAAAUCGUGUGUCGUCGAAUGGAAACCGAGUGCUGAUGAUGGCGGUUCUCCAAUUACUAAAUACGUAGUUGAACGGCAAGACAUUGGCUUGAAGGCUGGAUGGGACAAUGUGGGCGAAGUACCACUUGGUCAAAAGUGCGAAUUUAAGGUUGACGAUUUAACGCCGAAGAAGACGUACAAGUUCCGUAUACGAGCUGUAAACAAACUUGGCUCGAGCGAACCAGCACUGUUCGGAAAACCAGUACUGGCCAAAGAUCCUUGGGAUGAGCCCAGCAAACCCAAUAAUGUUGAAGUUGUUGAUUGGGACAAAGAUCAUGCUGAUCUGAAGUGGAUUAAGCCCGAUAACGAUGGCGGCUCACCUAUCACUGGUUACGUCAUUGAAUUCAAAGAUAAAUUUGGAAAGGAUUGGCAGAAGGCAAAAGAAGUUCCAGCCGACUGUUUGGCAUCCACUGUUGAUGGUCUAAAGGAAGGCAAUCAAUACGAAUUCCGCAUUCGCGCCAUUAACAAAGCUGGACCAGGUGCACCUAGCGAUCCAACGAAACCAAUUAUUGCCAAAUGUCGCUUUGUUAAACCGUACAUUAUUGGCGAUCAAUUGAAACCAAUUAUUGUGAAGAAGGGUCAGACCAUCCGAUACGAUAUUAAGUUUGGUGGUGAGCCUCCGCCAACAGUUACAUGGGAGAAAGAAAAGAAGGAACUUACUACUUCCGGUGACCGUAUUGAAGUUGAACACGAUGACAAGACAUCGUCGAUCGUCGUUAAGAGAGCCGUUCGAGCUGACAGUGGAAAGUACAAGAUCAUUUUGACCAACAGCUCCGGCACAUGUGAAUCAGUUGGUGAUGUUGUCGUAUUGGAUAAACCUACACCACCAAAGGGACCAUUAACUCCAGAAGAAGUUCGCGCAGAUCAUGUUAAAGUGAAGUGGAAGAGACCCGAAGACAGUGGCGGCUCUGACCUUACCGGAUACGUAUUGGAGAAGAUGGAUGUGGAGACUGGUCGUUGGAUUCCAGCGGGUGAAUGUGGACCAGACGAUGACAGUUUCACAUUCAAAGGUCUUCAGCCCAAUAAGAAAUACAAGUUCCGCGUUAAGGCAGUGAACAAGGAAGGUGAAUCCGAACCCUUGGAAACUACUGACGCCAUUUUGGCGAAGAACCCUUACGACGAACCGUCUAAGCCUGGUAAACCAGUUAUUGACGAUUACGAUAACGUGAGUGCUACACUGAAAUGGGACAAACCCGAUAAUGACGGUGGUCGCCCGAUUUCCCAUUAUACGAUUGAGAUGAAGAGUAAAUUCUCGCCCGAUUGGCAAGAAGUCUUGAAGACUGACGAUGACAAAUGUACGGGCAAAGUUGAAGGACUCAAGGAGAACAUGACCUAUCAAUUCCGAGUGAAGGCUCAUAACAAGGCCGGACCUUCGGAAGCAUCAGAGCCAACCGACAAUCAUCUUUGCAAAUACAAGAAUCUCAAACCACGCAUCGACCGAUCAACAUUCAAGUCGGUCACUAUCAAAGCAGGUCGCACACAUAAGUGGGCUGUUGAUGUUACUGGAGAACCAGCUCCGACUUUGACUUGGAGUUGGCGUGACGAUGUUCCGCUUGUUACCACCGAUCGUAUCAAGAUCGAAAAUGUCGACUAUCACACCGACUUCUCCAUUGUAAACGCCCAGCGAAAGGAUACCGGCAAGUACAAAUUGAAGGCCGAAAAUCGCAAUGGCAAAGAUGAAGAAACAGUUGAAUUGACUGUUCUAUCAAAACCUGGUGCACCGAAGGGACCACUAGAUGUUUCCAAUGUCACCGCUAAAGGUUGUAAGCUAUCGUGGAAGAAACCGGAAGACGAUGGUGGCGUACCGAUCAAAGAGUACGAAGUGGAAAAAAUGGAUACAGCGACAGGAAAAUGGGUUCGAGUCGGAAGAGUUCCAGCUGGAUCAUCAACUCCGGAAAUGGACGUUACUGGCUUGGAACCUGGUGCAGAAUACCAAUUCAGAGUGACUGCUGUCAACGACGAAGGUGACUCAGAACCGCUAACCACCGUUCUGGGCACUGUCGCCAAGAAUCCAUUCGAUGAACCGACUAAACCGGGCACUCCAGAAAUUGUCGAUUAUGACAACAAGAGUGUUGACUUGAAGUGGACACCUCCAAAAUCGGACAAUGGUGCAGCAAUUGAAAAGUACAUUGUCCAGAAGAAAGAGAAAAAUAAGCCGGAUUGGGAGAACUGUGGUGAAGCUCCUGGUGACACAUGCGAAGCGAAAAUCGAAGACCUUAAGGAACGUGGCGAAUAUCAGUUCCGCGUCGUUGCAGUGAACAAAGCCGGUCUAUCACCACCGUCAGAUCCAACCAAAACACAUGUCUGUAAACACAAAGCAUUGAAACCACGAAUUGAUCGCACCAAUCUCAAAACCAUAAUUGUUCGAGCUGGUAAGCAGAUCAAGUUCGACAUUGACAUUCGCGGUGAACCACCACCGAAAGUAACAUGGACAGUUAAAGGUAAAGAAGUCAAAAGCGAGGCUAACAUUGAAGUGGUUAACGUUGAUUACAACUCCAAACUUACGAUCAACGAUGCGCUCCGUAAGAAUACUGGUCUCUACAAAAUCAAAGCAGUCAAUGAACACGGCGAAGACGAAGCUGAAGUUGAUGUAACUGUACUGUCUGCACCUGGCAAACCGACGGGACCACUUAAAGUAUCCGAUGUGACAAAGAACGGAUGCAAAGUCAAGUGGCAGAAACCCGAAGACGACGGUGGCAAGCCAAUUACAGCCUACCAAGUCGAAAAAUUGGAUUUGGCUACUGGACGCUGGGUGCCUGUUGGCAGAACAUCUGGUGAUGACACCGAAUUGGAUGUAAAGGGAUUGCAAGAAGGACACGAAUAUCAAUUCCGCGUGAAAGCAAUCAACGAAGAAGGUGAAUCUGAGCCAUUGGACACUGAAGGAACAAUUAUUGCCAAGAAUCCGUAUGAGGUUCCUGGAAAGCCUGGAAUCCCACAGUUGGAAGAUUGGGACGUUGAUCGUGUUGACUUGAAAUGGGAAGCUCCUAAAGAUAACGGUGGUGCACCCAUUACAGGAUAUGUUAUUGAGAAGAAGGAAAAGUUCGCACCGUCAUGGGAGGAAGUUCUGACAACAGAUACUCCCGAACCAAAGGCUCGUGUACCUGGACUCAAAGAAGGCAACACUUAUCAAUUCCGUGUUCGAGCUGUUAAUAAAGCUGGUCCCGGAGAACCAAGUGAUGCUACCCAACCUCAUGUUGCAAAGGCUCGUUUCUUGAAACCGCAUAUCAACCGCGACAAAUUGAAGACCGUGAAAGUCCGAGCUGGUCAGAAUGUCAAAUUCGAUGUUGAUGUUCGUGGCGAACCUCCACCAACCAUUAAAUGGUCAUUGGGAGACAAAGAAAUCACUACUGGAGCUAAUUCGCGUCUUGAAAACGUCGACUACAACACGAAGUUGACAUUGUUGGAUACUGAACGCAAACACAGCGGAACGUACAAAAUUUUCGCGGAAAAUUCGUCUGGUACUGAUGAAGCUACUGUUGAAGUGCACAUUUUGGACAAACCAACGAAACCAGUUGGACCGUUGGAUGUGUCUGAUGUCACCAAAAACGGUUGCAAAUUGCAAUGGGCCAAGCCGAAAGAUGACGGUGGCUUGCCAUUGACCGGUUAUGUUGUGGAAAAAAUGGAUGCUGCUACUGGCCGAUGGGUUCCAUGUGGCCACAUUGAUCCCGAAAAGACAGAUUACAAUGUCACUGGACUGGAACCACAUCACAAAUAUCAGUUCCGUGUAAAAGCUGUUAACGAAGAAGGAGAAUCACCUCCAUUGGAGACAGAUCAUACAAUUUUGGCUAAGGAUCCAUUCGAUCCACCUGCGCCACCAGGCUUACCAGAAAUAACUGAUUGGAAUGAAAAUUCCGUCAAACUUAAGUGGGAGAGGCCUAUUCGUGAUGGCGGUGCUCCAAUUACUGGCUAUGUUGUUGAAGUCAUGGAUAAGGACAGCGGAAACUUUGUUAAGGCCUUAGAAGUUCCUGGAAAUCAAACCACGGCUACUGUUCCAAAAUUGGAAGAAGGACAGCAAUACAAAUUCCGUAUUAAGGCUGUCAACAAAGCUGGUCCAUCUGAAGCAUCGGAACCAACCAACUGGCACACUGCUAAAGCACGUUUCUUGAAACCUCGUAUCGAUCGCACCAACUUGAAUCCGAUGACCGUCAAGGCUGGAUUAUCGUUGAACUUGGACGUGAAGAUCUUCGGCGAACCUCCACCAACAGUACAAUGGUUCUUCAAGGACAAAGAAGUUGUGACUGAUGACAAUGUUCGCAUCGACAAUGUUGACUACAACACCAAGUUUUUCAUCUUACGUUCGAAACGACCGCAAUCUGGCAAGUACCUUAUUGUGGCUAAGAACGAAGUUGGUGAAGAUCGCGCUGAAAUCGAUAUAACCGUAUUGGGUAAACCAUCCACACCGCAAGGACCACUCAAUGUGUCCGACAUCACCAAACACGGAUGCAAGCUUAAGUGGAAGAAACCUGAAGAUGACGGUGGUGCUCCAAUUGACCAUUAUGAAAUUGAGAAAUUGGACCCACUCACUGGCCAAUGGUUACCGUGUGGAAAGAGCACAGAGCCAGAAGCCAACGUUACCGGUCUUCAAGAAGGAAAACCGUAUAAAUUCCGUGUACGCGCCGUUAACAAGGAAGGUGAAUCCGAACCACUUGAAACUGAUGCAACAAUUAUUGCCAAAAAUCCAUUCGACGAACCUGGCAAACCAGGUAGACCCGAACCAACGAAUUGGGACAAAGACUUUGUCGAAUUGGAAUGGAAAGCACCGCAAAGUGACGGCGGAGCACCAAUCGAAAAGUACAUCAUUCAAAUGCGUGAUAAGUCUGGAAGAGCGUGGGUUGAUGCAGCUACUGUGCCUGGAUCACGUACAAACGGUAGAGUUGAAAAUGUCGAAGAAGGUCACGAAUACGAGUUCCGUAUCGUUGCUGUUAAUAAAGCCGGACCAAGUGAACCUAGUGACGUAUCAAAACCAGUUGUCGCUAAGCCCAGAUUCUUGGCACCACGUAUCGAUCGCAAAAACUUGCAAAAGAAAAUCAUCCGAAGCGGUCAAAUGUUACGCAUGGAUGCUGAUGUUAAAGGUGAACCAGCUCCAAAGAUUACAUGGACCUUCAAUAACGAGACUCUGAAGACAGGAUCGUUGGAAAAUCGUUUGAAGAUCGAAAAUGAAGAUUACAAAACCACAUUCAUAUUCCAGAAGGUGAAACGCGCUGAUAAAGGCACUUACACAGUGUCUGCGCGUAACGAUUCUGGUGUCGACACGGUUGAUGUUGAAUUGGAAGUUUUAUGUAAACCAAGCAAACCGAAGGGACCACUUAAGGUGUCCGAUGUUACAGCUGAAAGUGUUAAAUUGAAGUGGGAGAAACCGGACGAUGAUGGCGGUGAGCCAAUCGAACACUACGUUGUGGAACGAAUGGAUACUGACACUGGACGAUGGGUUCCGGUUUGUACAUCAAAAUUACCGGAAGCUGAAGUUCCUGGCCUAACUGAAGGUAAAGAAUAUCAAUUCAGAGUCAAGGCAGUCAAUGCUGAAGGUGAAUCCGAACCAUUGGUUACCGAAACUGGUACAAUUGCUAAGAACCCUUAUAGCGCACCCGAUGCACCCAGCAAACCCGAUCUCAAAGAUUGGGCUCGUGAUCAUGCUGUUAUCACAUGGAAAGCUCCAGAAAGUGACGGUGGUGCUCCAAUCACUGGAUACAUUAUUGAAAGGAAAGAUAACACCACAACCAAAUGGACAAAAGCAUUGGAAACGAAAACACCCAAGUGCGAAGCUAAGAUUCCGGAUUUGGUUGAGGGUCAAAAGUAUCAAUUCCGUGUUAAAGCAGUGAACAAAGCAGGACAAAGUAAACCAUCUCAGCCAUCUGACACUCUGUUGGCAAAGGAUCGUUUCGCUGCACCGAAAAUCGAUCGCACAAAUCUCAAAGAUCUGACAAUCAAAGCUGGACAACAUCUACGGUUAGAUGUUAAGAUAUCUGGUGAACCUCCACCAACAAAGACUUGGUUCUUGAACAAGGCACGCAUCGAGAAUCGUGACGAUAUCAACGUUGAUAGCGAAGAUUAUCGCACGAAACUGUUUGUGCCCGUUCUUUCACGCGCUCAUAGCGGAAACUUUGUUAUCAAAGCUGAAAACGAGUCAGGUCGCGACGAAGCGUCCAUCACCGUAACUGUUUUGGACAAACCUGGAAAGCCCGAAGGACCACUGAGAAUAACAGACGUUCACAAAGAGGGAGCUAGUCUGAAAUGGAAUCCACCAUUGGAUGAUGGAGGUGUUCCGAUUGAUCAUUACGCUGUUGAAAAAAUGGAUAUGGACACUGGACGUUGGGUACCAGCUGGACGUUGCAAAGAACCACAUUUGACAUUGGAUAACUUGACUCCCGGUCAAGAAUAUAAAUUCCGAGUAUCUGCAGUCAAUGCUGAAGGUGAAUCGGAACCAUUGGAAGCCGACCAAACCAUUGUCGCCAAGAAUCCAUUCGACGAGCCUGGUGCACCCGGUCAACCGGAAGCUACUGAUUGGGACAAAGAUCACGUCGAUUUGCGAUGGACUCCACCAAUUUCGGAUGGUGGAUCUCCAAUCACUGGUUAUGUUGUUGAAAAACGUGAGAAAGGUACCGGUAAAUGGGUGAAGGCUGCUGAUGUACCAGCAGACGAAUGCAAAGCCACUGUACCAAAUCUAGAUGAAAAUACCGAAUACGAGUUUAGAGUGCGUGCAGUGAAUGCAGCUGGUCCAGGUCAGCCAAGCAAAGCCAGCAACGCUGUUAUAACUAAGCCAAGAAAACUUGCACCAAAGAUUGACCGAAGAAACAUCCGUAACAUGACUGUCAAGGAAGGUGAACCAAUUUUCUUGGACAUCAAAGUAUCUGGCGAACCAGCACCAGAAGUGUCUUGGUUGGUGAACGAUAAGACAAUCGUGCAUACAAGUCAUCGUCACGUGGACAAUGUGCCAUAUAACACUAAGUUCUACAACGAUACUCCCGAACGUAAGGACAGCGGAACAUACAAGAUUACCGCAAGCAACAAAUAUGGCGUUGACACAGCCGAAUUCGAAUUGACCGUAGUUUCUAAGCCUGGCAAACCUGAAGGACCUCUAGAAGUGUCCGAUAUCACCAAGGAUGGUUGCCAGUUGAAAUGGAAGAAACCGAAAGACGAUGGUGGCGAGCCAAUCGAUGCAUAUCUGGUUGAGAAAUUCGAUCCCGAUACCGGUAUUUGGUUGCCAGUUGGUAAGACUGACGGCAGCAAACCGGAAAUGAAAGUGGACGGAUUGAUACCAGGCCAUGAGUACAAAUUCCGAGUGAAAGCAUUGAACAAAGAGGGCGAAUCGGAACCAUUGGAGACCUUUGGAACGAUUGUUGCCCGUGAUCCAUUUGUUGUUCCAUCGCAACCUGGCGUUCCAGAACCGAAAGACUGGUCUGCUAAUCAUGUUGAAUUAGCGUGGAACGAACCAGCGUCCGAUGGUGGAUCACCAAUCACUGGCUACAUUAUCGAAAAGAAGGACAAAUACAGUCCAAUGUGGGAGAAGGCUUUGGAAACCACUACAGACAAGCCAACCGCAACAAUCAACGGAUUGGUUGAAGGAAACGAAUAUCAAUUCCGUGUAAUUGCCUUGAACAAAGCUGGUCAAUCCGAACCUUCUGAUGCUAGCAAAACAUUCACUGCCAAACCAAGAUUUUUGGCACCCAAAAUUGAUCGCCGUAAUCUUCGCGAUGUUACCAUAUCUGCCGGAACAGCACUUAAAUACGACGUUAAUAUCAUCGGUGAACCUCCACCAACAGUGGAAUGGCGUUUCUGUAACAUGCCAUUGAACGCCAGUAAGACCGUACACAUCGACAACGUGGACUACAACACAAAAUUGGUCGUUCGGCCGGCUAAACGCGGUGAUUCCGGCGAAUACACCGUUAUCGCUAAGAAUUCAUCGGGCACUGAUCAAGUAACUGUUACAGUUACUGUAACUGACAAGCCAACAGCACCGGAAGGACCGUUACAAGUAUCUGAUGUGCACAAGGAAGGAUGCAAAUUGAAGUGGAAGAGACCGAAAGACGAUGGUGGCACUCCUAUUGAGUAUUACCAAGUCGACAAAUUGGAUCCCGAAAGUGGUUGCUGGAUUCCAGUUGGUCGUUCUACAGAACCUGGCAUGGAUGUGACUGGACUUACACCAGGCAACGAAUAUAAAUUCCGAGUAUCAGCUGUUAAUGCUGAAGGUGAAUCUGAACCACUUGUUGCUAAGGAAUCGAUUAUUGCCAAGAAUCCAUUCGACGAACCUGGCAAGCCUGGAAACUUACGAGCUACUGAUUGGGAUAAGGAUCAUGUCGAUUUGGCAUGGACUCCACCACUUGACGAUGGUGGCUCACCUAUCACUGGCUAUGUCGUUGAGAAGAAAGACAAAUACGGACAAUGGGAGAAAGCCCUUGAUGUACCAGCUGAUCAGUGUAAGGCAACAGUUCCCGAUCUGGUCGAAGGACAACAAUAUGAAUUCAGAGUACGUGCAGUCAAUAAAGCUGGUCCUGGUGAACCAAGUGACGCUACACCACCAAUUACAGCUAAGCCACGUAACUUAGCUCCUCGCAUCGACCGAACAAACUUGAUCGAAGUUCGCGUCAAAGCUGGUGGAAAUUUCAGCUACGACAUCAAAGUAACUGGAGAACCAGCACCCACCACUAAAUGGUUGCUUAACAAAAAGGAAGUGCGUCCAAACGAUCGCAUUAAAGUGCAACACGUUGACUACAACACUAAAAUCAAUGUUCGUGGUGCAGUAAGAUCUGACACAGGCACAUACACCGUAACAGCCGAAAAUAUCAAUGGCAGCGAUACUGCUGACGUUAAGGUUAUUGUAUUGGACAAACCAUCUCCACCAGUUGGUCCAUUGAAAGUGCAAGACGUUCAUGCUAAGGGAGCAACACUUAAAUGGAAUCCUCCAGAAGACGAUGGAGGUCAACCUGUGGAAAGUUAUGUUGUUGAGAAAAUGGAUGAAGUGACUGGACGUUGGGUUCCAGCUGGAGAAACUCUUGGCCCACAAACUCAGUUGGCUAUCGAUGGAUUGACUCCUGGACACAAAUAUAAAUUCCGUGUUCGUGCAGUCAAUAAACAAGGCAAAUCCGAGCCAUUGUCUACUCAGCAAGCAGUCGAAGCUAAGAAUCCGUUCGACGAACCUAGCAAACCAGGCACACCUGAAAUCAAGGAUUAUGACACAGACUUUGUGGAAUUAGAAUGGACUCGACCAGAAAGCGACGGUGGAUCUCCAAUCACCGGCUACGUCAUCGAAAAGAAAGAUAAGUACAGUCCCGACUGGGAAAAAUGUGCUGAUAUCGAAGGCGAUGUCACCACCGGCAAAGUGCCAGAUUUGGUUGAAGGUCAACAGUACGAAUUCCGUGUCCGUGCAGUCAAUAAAGCCGGUCCGGGUGUUCCAAGUGAUAGUACACCAAAACACAUUGCCCGACCGAAGAAUUUGCCACCGAAAAUCGACAAGAACUUCAUGAUCAACAUCAAAAUCCGUGCUGGUCAAAACUUCGAAUACGACGUUCCUGUUAUCGGCGAGCCUAUUCCAUCGAAGGAUUGGUCUCACAAUGACAACUUGGUCCUCAACACAGACCGUGUGAAGGUUAUCAAUGAACCAUACAAAACGAAGUUGCGCGUCAUCGAUGCAAAACGAGCAGACAGCGGUGAAUACACAUUGGUAGCGAAGAACAUUAAUGGUACCGAUCGUGCUACGGUUAAAGUAACAGUUUUGGAUAUACCAAGUCCACCAGAAGGACCACUACGGCCAGAAGAUAUUACGAAGAGUAGUUGUACAUUGCGCUGGCGUCCUCCGAAGGAUGACGGUGGAUCUGAGAUUACUCACUAUGUUGUCGAGAAAAUGGACACAGACGCUAUGCGAUGGGUUCCAGUUGGAGAGUGUGCAGGAACAACGAUUCGUGCUGACAACUUAAUCGAAGGUCAUGACUACAAUUUCCGUGUUCGAGCUGUCAAUAAACAAGGCGAAUCUCUACCACUUUCAACAUCACAAUCCGUUACAAUCAAAGAUCCAUUCGGUAAACCUGAUAAGCCUGGUCAACCACAAGCCACUGAUUGGGACAAAGAUCACGUAGAUUUGGAAUGGACGCCACCGAAGAAAGAUGGUGGAUCGCCAAUUACCGGCUACAUCAUUGAAAAGAAACAACGAUUCGGUCCAUGGGAAAAGGCAGUUGAAGUACCAGCUGGUAAAACAGCUGCAACAGUUCCAGACUUAACUGAAGGAGAAGAAUACGAGUUCCGUGUUAUUGCUGUCAACAAAGCAGGACCAGGUGAACCUAGUGAUGCAUCAGCACCAGUUGUUGCUAAGCCUAGAUUCGUUGCACCUUUCUUCGACAAGAAAUUCUUGGAAGAUUUGGUCGUUCAUGUCGGUAAACGUAUCGGCUGGACACUUCCAAUCCAAGCAUCACCAAAACCAACAUUUAAAUGGUCUGUGCACGGCAAGGAAUUACCUGCUGGUCCACGAGUCGAUCAACAAAUUUACAACAACGAACUAACAUUCGAGAUUCCAUUCUCUGUGAGAAGUGACUCAGGAACAUACACACUCACAUUGACCAACGAACAUGGAACAUUCUCCGCAUCAGCCAACGUAACUGUUUUGGACAAACCAAGUGCGCCUCAGCCUCCAUUAGAUGUGACCAACAUCACCAAAGAAAGUUGCCACUUAACAUGGCGUUUGCCAUUAGACGACGGUGGAUCACCAAUUCUACAUUACGUCGUUGAGAAAAUGGAUCUGUCCCGCGGUACUUGGUCCGACGCUGGCAUGAGCACACACCUUUCACAUGAUGUUCAACGACUAGUCCACAAAAAGGAAUAUUUGUUCCGAGUGAAGGCAGUCAAUGCCAUCGGUGAAUCUGAACCGUUGGAAACAUCAAAGAGCAUCAUUGCCAAAAACGAAUGCGAUGAACCAGACGCGCCCGGAAAACCACAAGUUGUUGACUGGGACAGAGAUCAUGUUGAUCUUGACUGGCAAGCACCAAAGUCUGACGGUGGAUCACCAAUCACCGGCUACAUUGUUCAGAAGAAAGAGAAGGGCAGUCCAUAUUGGGUCAAUGCUGUUCACGUGCCACCUGGUAAAACACAAGCCACAGUACCCGAUCUUAUCGAAGGACAAGAGUAUGAGUUCAGAAUUGUCGCUGUCAAUAAAGCUGGCCAAUCUGAACCGUCCGAACCAUCCGACCUGGUUAUGGCUAAGGCUCGUUUCUUGGCGCCUAAGAUCAAGUCACCAUUGAACGACAUUCGCAUCAAGGCUGGACUUAUUUUACAUUGUGACAUUGACUUCGUCGGUGAACCACAACCAGUGGUAACAUGGACCAACAGUGGCAAGCCAUUAGAAACAACUGAUCGAACGACAAUCACAUCGAUUGGUUACCACACAAUUGUCCAUACGGUUAAUUGCCAACGAUCAGACAGUGGAACUUAUCAUCUCCAUUUGAAAAAUGAUUCUGGCACCGAUGAAGGCUCAUUCCAAGUCAUCGUUUUAGAUCGUCCUGGUCCACCAACAGGACCAUUGGAAUACGAAGAAGUGACUGCAAAUAGUGUCACCGUAUCGUGGAAACCACCUAAAGAUAACGGUGGAUCCGAACUCACUGCCUAUGUCAUUGAAAAACGUGAUUUGACACACGGCGGUGGAUGGGUCCCAGCUGUUACAUAUGUCAAUUCUAAAUUUACCCAUGCUACUGUUCCACGUCUUAUCGAAGGAACAAAAUACGAGUUCCGAGUCAUGGCAGAAAAUCUGCAAGGACGUUCGGAUCCAUUAACAUCCGAUUCACCAGUUGUUGCUAAGAACCAAUACAACGUCCCAGGCCAACCUAGCAAACCCGAACUCGUUGACAGUGACAAGGAUCACAUUACAAUCAAAUGGAAACCACCAAUUAGCAAUGGAGGAUCACCAAUUGUCGGUUAUGACAUUGAACGUCGUGACAAGACAACGGGUCGCUGGAUUAAAGUCAACAAAACGCCAGUACCUAACACUCAGUAUGAAGACGAUCGUGUUCAAGAUGGUCAUCAAUAUGAAUACCGUGUCACAGCAGUCAAUGCUGCUGGUCCUGGUAAACCAAGUGAUCCAUCCAGCCUGUUCACCGCCCGACCAAUGAACGAAAAACCGAAACUUUGGUUGGACGAUUUGAUGGGUCGCAAGAUUAAAGUACGUGCCGGAGAGCCAAUCAAUGUGACUAUUCCAUUGUCCGGUGCUCCUAAACCUACUGUUGAAUGGACAAAGAAUGCAACGAAACUUCCCGAAUCGCAUCGUGUAUCAAACGAGACCGAUGAUGAGAAGACAUCAUUGAGAAUUGAAAAAUCUACUCGACAAGAUGCUGGCAAAUACACCAUUACUGCAUCCAAUAAACACGGAAAAGAUUCGGCUGACAUCGAAGUUAUUGUUGUGGACAAGCCUAGCCCACCAGGUGGACCACUCACUUAUACAGAAACCACACAAGAUACGGUCUCAAUGUCAUGGAAUCCACCAGCCGAUGAUGGUGGCGGCGAAAUAACUGGCUACACAGUUGAAGUUGCAGAAUUCGGCACAGAUAGUUGGAAACCAGUUCCUGGCUACUGUUCGAAAUGUGCAUUCACUGCUAAAGGAUUGACCGAGGGCAAGAAAUACGUGUUCCGAGUUCGUGCAGAAAACAUUUAUGGCGUCUCAGAACCAUUGGAAGGCAAACCAGUUGUCGCUAAAUGUCCAUUCGAUCCACCAGAUGCGCCAAGUCAACCAGAUAUUUUGAGCUACAGCCCGAACAGCUGUAGUUUGCAAUGGAAACCUCCAGAGUAUUGUGGAGGCAAACCAAUUACGGGAUACAUUAUCGAGAAACGAGAACGUGGCGGCGAAUGGGUCAAAGCUAACAAUUACCCAACACCGAAUACCACAUUCACUGUUCAAGAUCUGCGCGAAGGCGGAAAGUAUGAAUUCCGUGUAUUAGCUGUGAACGAAGCCGGUCCUGGUAAACCAAGUAAACCGACUGAACCAAUAACAGCGCAAGCUCAACGCACUCGUCCAGACGCACCCGAACCACCGAAGGCCGAUCGCAUCACAAGGGAUAGUGUUACACUUUCCUGGCGACCACCUAAGAAUGACGGCAAGUCCAAAAUUCGAGGCUACAUCCUACAGAAACGUGCCAAGAACGAUCGUGACUGGAGCGAUGUCAACGAUACUCCAAUCAAUGGUCUUGUGCACAAAGUGCCGAACCUAAAGGAAGGCGAAGAAUACAACUUCCGAGUCAUUGCUGUAAAUGAUGUAGGUAAAUCUGACCCGUCCAAGCCUAGCGCCGGAAUUGUUAUUGAAGAACAACCCAACAAACCGUGCAUGGAUUUGGGAGGCGUUCGUGACAUUACUGUUCGUGCUGGUGAAGAUUUCAGCAUUCACGUACCGUAUGUUGGUUUCCCGAAACCAACCGCUGCUUGGUUCGCCAACGAUAAACUGUUGGACGACACCGACAGUCGAGUACAUCAACAGUUAGCUGACGAUUCAGCUAGUUUCGUUGUCACCAAUUCGAAACGAUCCGAUUCAGGCCAAUAUCGUUUACAGCUCAAGAAUCCACAUGGUUACGAUACGGCUACCAUCAAUGUCCGUGUGUUGGAUCGUCCAGGCAAACCAGAUAAUCUACGACCGGAAGAGUUUGCUGGCGAUGCAUUGACACUAUACUGGAAUCCACCGAAAGACGAUGGUGGCGCUCCAGUUACCAAUUAUGUCAUUGAAAAGAAGGAAGCUCGAGCACCGACAUGGACUAAAGUCAACAGCUACUGUACAGUUCCAUUCAUUCGUGUUCGAAACCUUACAAUUGGAAAGGAAUACGAGUUCCGUGUCAUGGCUGAAAACCAGUACGGAUUAUCAGAACCAUGCACCACUGAACAUCCAAUCAAGGCUAGACAUCCGUUCGAUGUUCCAGGAGCGCCAGGUGCACCAAGAGGAAUCGAUUCAAGCGAAGAUUCAAUUACAAUUCAAUGGACACGGCCCAGACACGAUGGUGGAUCUCCAAUUACCGGAUAUGUUGUCGAGAAACGUCUCCUUUCUGAAGACAAAUGGACGAGAGGAACUCAUGCCCAUAUUCCCGAUCUGUCGUGCAAAAUACCUGGACUCAUCGAAAAUCACGAAUAUGAAUUCAGAGUGGCUGCACUCAAUGCAGCUGGCCAGGGACCAUGGAGUUCGUCAUCUGAUGCAAUCAUGUGCCGUGCACCACCAUCUGCACCAAAGAUCACAUCAGAUCUCAGCAUUCGUGACAUGACCGUUAUUGCUGGCCAAGAAUUCAAAAUCACCGUACCGUUUACUGGUAAUCCCAGACCCAGAGCAUCAUGGACAAUUAAUGGUGCUGAAGUCAUACCUGAUGAUCGCAUCAAAUUUGAUAUAUCAAACAACGAAACGGUCUACAUCAACAAAUCGGCGAAACGCUCAGAGACCGGUGUGUACACCAUCAGUUUGGCCAAUAGUGAAGGCACAGACUCGGCUUCAUGUCGUGUAUUGGUUGUCGAUCGACCAACAGCACCACAAGGUCCAUUGGAUGUUUCCGAUGUUACACCAGACACAUGCACUCUGUCAUGGAAGGCACCAUUGGACGAUGGUGGUUCUCCAAUUACCAAUUAUGUGGUCGAAAAGUUAGACGCCACUGGAACAUGGGUCAAGGUUAGUAGCUUCGUGCGCUCAACACAUUACGAUGUGAUGGGCUUGGAGCCGAACAAGAAGUACUACUUCCGAGUACGUGCUGAGAAUCAAUACGGAUUGAGUGAUCCAUUGGCACGCGAUGAACCGGUAUUGGCUACUUAUCCAUUCACUGUGCCUGAUCCACCAGGCGCACCGAAAGUCAUUGAUUGGGACACAACGAACGUUAGACUCAUCUGGGAUCGUCCACGUAGCGAUGGUGGAUCCCGCAUUCAAGGCUACAAAAUUGACUAUCGUGAAGUGUCUGAUGCCGCAUGGCAAACUCAUGACAUACUUAUCAAGGACAACGCAUAUCAGUUGUACAAUCUAGUCAGUGGCUGUGAGUACGAAUUCCGCGUACGAGCCAAGAAUGCUGCUGGUUUCAGUAAACCAUCACCACCAUCAUCUAAAUUCAAGUUGAAGAGUAAGUUCAACGUUCCAUCGCCACCAGGUACACCAAAUGUUGUCAAGGUUGGCAAGAACUACGUUGAUUUGAAAUGGGAACGUCCAGCAAGCGACGGUGGUUCACGAAUCACCGGUUAUAUUGUUGAACGUCGUGAUGCUGGUGGAUCAGUUUGGGUUAAAUGCAACGAUUACAACGUCAUGGACACUGACUACACAGUCAUGAAUUUGAUUGAAGGAUCUAACUACGAAUUCCGUGUAUUUGCUGUCAACGCAGCCGGACGAUCAGAGCCAAGCUCAUGCACAAUGCCAAUUAAGGUUUGUGAAGUGGCUGGUGGCAACAAACCGGAAUGGAUACGCAGUCUUCGUGAUUAUGUCGUUCCGUUGAACAAAUACAUUUGUCUUGAGUGUGAGGCCAGCGGAACACCGGCACCCACAUCGAGAUGGUUACGCAACGGCAGGGAAAUUGCAUUGACCGGUCGCUUCAAAUCAGAAAGCUCCGAUGGCAAAUUCAAAUUGCACAUUUCGGAUGCACAACAAGGUGACGAAGGAGAUUACACUUGUGAGGCCGUCAAUUCACUUGGAUUUGUCCAUACAACCGGUCGUUUGAAGAUCGGUAAUCCACCUCGCAUUGACCGUAUUCCAAGCGAACUAUACCUGGCCGAAAAUGACAACACAAAGAUCAAGAUUUUCUAUUCGGGCGAUCAGCCAAUCGAAUUCGUUCUCAAGAAGGACGGUUCGGAAAUCAAAGAGAGUGGACACAUCAAGUACACAAUCUUUGACGAUUACAUUGCCAUUUUCAUUAAGGACAUUGCCAAGAGCGACGCUGGCACUUAUCACGUUGAAUUGAAAAAUGACAGCGGUUCGGUGAACGGAAACUUCAACGUUCUUAUCACUGGCCUUCCGGGACCACCAACUGGCCCGUUGGAAACAACAGAGAUUACUCGUCACUCAUGCACAAUUGCUUGGAAACCACCCACAUACGAUGGUGGUUUGAAAAUUACUCACUACGUGGUCGAACGGAAGGACGUUACAUCGUCGCACUGGAUAGUGGUAUCGAGCUUCUGCAAAGAUUGCAACUUCACUGUUCAAGGCUUGACCGAGAACCAAGAGUAUGUGUUCCGAGUGAUGGCAGUCAAUGACAACGGUCAUGGUCCACCACUUGACGGAAUCAAUCCAAUCCGAGCUAAAGCUCCAUUCGAUCCUCCUUCACCACCUGGCAAGCCAAGUGUUACCGAAGUUGGAGACGAUUUCGUUCACUUGGAAUGGACCAAACCGGAAUCCGAUGGUGGCGCACGUAUUCAAGGAUACUGGAUCGAUAAGCGAGAAAUGGGAUGCGAAACAUGGCAACGCGUUAAUGUUGCCAUUUGUCCGACAAAUCAAAUCAAUUGCUCGAAUUUGAUUGAGGGUCGACAGUACGAGUUCCGUGUAUUUGCACAGAACGAAGCCGGCCUAUCCAAGGAAUCCAUGAAUUCGUCGUCCGUUAAAAUUGUUGAUCCUAAAGCGGCCACUCCACCGCAAAUCGUUAAACCAUUGCGCAACGCUAACUGCAUCCAGAAUCACAAUGCACAAUUCUCGUGCACGAUUACUGGAUCACCGACACCGAACAUUACGUGGUAUAAGGGAGCUCGGGAAAUCACAAAUGGAGCUCGUCAUCACAUUUACUCCGAGGGUGACACAUACAACUUGACAAUCAACGACGUGUUUGGCGAAGAUGCCGACGAAUAUGUGUGCCGUGCCGUUAACAAGGCCGGAGUUAAGUCAACCAGAGCAGAAUUGAUCAUCAUGACUGCACCAAAAUUGAACGUUCCUCCACGAUUCAGAGACACAGCCUACUUCGACAAAGGUGAAAAUGUUGUCGUUAAGAUUCCAUUCACCGGUCAUCCCAAACCGAAAAUCACCUGGGUUCGUGAAGGCGAAACGAUCGAAUCUGGUGGUCAUUAUCAUGUCGAAGUCAAGGAACGCCAUGCUGUCUUGACCAUUCGCGACGGCUCGAAAUUAGACUCGGGUCCAUACCGAAUUAUCGCCGAAAAUGAAUUGGGACAAGAUUCGGCCAUCAUUAAAAUACAAAUCAGCGAUCGUCCGGAUCCACCACGAUUCCCGUUGGUUGAAAAUAUUGGCGUUGAUUCGUUGUCAUUGAGCUGGAAAGCACCAGUUUGGGAUGGCGGAUCAAACAUCACGAAUUACAUGGUCGAGAAACGCGAACAUCAAUUGCAAACAUGGAUUCGAGUUGGUAACACUCGUUUCACAUCGAUGGCAGUCACUGGAUUGGCUCCAAGUCACCAGUACGAAUUCCGCGUCUAUGCCGAAAAUGUCUAUGGUCGAUCGGAUCCGUCCGACGUUAGUACGUUGAUUUCAACGCAAAUGAGUGGCAAGAAACCGCAAAAGAAACGCGAAUACGAAGUCGACGAGAACGGCAAGAAAAUACGCGGAAAGGCCGAUGGGCCGAUCAAGGACUACGAUUCGUAUGUCUUUGACAUUUACUCGAAAUUCGUGCCACAGCCAGUCGACAUUUCAAGCGACAGUGUCUACGAUAAAUACGAAAUUUUGGAAGAAAUCGGAACCGGGGCAUUCGGUGUGGUACAUCGAUGCCGCGAACGAGCCACUGGAAAUAUUUUCGCUGCGAAAUUCAUUCCGGUAUCGCAUGCCAUGGAAAAGGAACUCAUUCGCAAGGAAAUCGACAUUAUGAACCAAUUGCACCACCAGAAAUUGAUAAAUCUUCACGAUGCCUUUGAAGACGACGACGAAAUGGUGUUGAUCUUUGAAUUCUUAUCUGGUGGAGAGUUGUUCGAACGCAUCACCGCUGACGGAUAUAUGAUGUCCGAAUCGGAGGUCAUUAACUACAUGCGCCAAAUUUGCGAAGGAGUCAAACACAUGCACGAAAAGAACAUCAUUCACUUAGACAUCAAACCGGAAAAUAUCAUGUGCCAGACCAGAACCAGUACCAACGUUAAGUUGAUUGACUUUGGACUGGCCACAAAAUUAGACCCCAACGAAGUUGUUAAAAUUUCGACCGGCACAGCCGAAUUUGCUGCUCCAGAAAUCGUUGAACGUGAACCCGUUGGUUUCUACACAGACAUGUGGGCUGUUGGUGUUCUGAGCUACGUACUGUUGAGCGGCCUAUCACCAUUUGCCGGCGACAAUGAUGUGUCCACAUUGAAGAAUGUCAAGGCUUGCGAUUGGGACUUUGACGAAGAAUCAUUCCGUCACGUAUCUGAAGAAGGAAAAGAUUUCAUUCGUCGUCUACUCGUGAAGAACAAGGAAAAACGAUUGACCGCUCACGAAUGCCUAAUGCAUCCAUGGUUGACCGGUGAUCAUACCGAUCGCAACAAACAAAUAUCUCGAGACAAAUACAUGGCCAUGCGCGACAGACUUCGCAGCCGAUACAGCGAUUGGUCUAAGUUCUUACUGCCAAUCGGUCGUUUGGCUGAAUAUUCGUCGUUGCGCAAACUAUUGAUUGACAAAUACAAGAUUCACGACACAUCAUUCGAUCGACGACAAGCCGCCCCACGAUUUGUCAUUAAGGCCACAAGUCAAUUCUGCUAUGAGGGUCAAAGCGUUAAGUUCUACUGCCGUGUUAUUGCGGUAGCAACACCAACACUGACCUGGUCACACAACAAUAUCGAACUACGUCAAAGCGUCAAAUUCAUGAAACGAUACGCCGGUGACGACUACUACUUCAUCAUAAAUCGUGUCAAAUUAACGGAUCGCGGCGAGUACAUCAUUCGUGCCGAAAAUCACUACGGUUCCCGUGAAGAGGUGGUCUUCUUAAACGUUCAUCCGCUGCCGAAGGAAACACCUGUGUACAGGGAAGAAGUUCAAGUGAGACGUCGCCAACCAUUACCAUAUCAAUUGUGGCAAGAAGAAUCCGAAACAGCGCCCAGCUUCACAUUCCUGUUGCGUCCGCGUGUCAUGCAAUCACGAGACACAUGCAAACUGUUAUGCUGUCUGAGUGGCAAACCAACGCCAACCGUUAAAUGGUACAAAGAUAAACGUGAACUCAGCAAAUACGAAUACGCGAUGACACAUUCAGACGGUGUCGUCACCAUGGAAAUUAUCGAUUGUAAGCCUAGCGAUUCUGGUAAAUAUUCUUGCAUAGCAACGAAUUGUCAUGGAACGGAUGAAACCAGCUGCGUGGUCAUCGUUGAAGGACAAUAUUCAACACCUGAACAAGACGAUCUUGUUCACAAUUUCUUGUAUUCCGGAGAUCGAAAGUACAUCGAAUCGCCGAUGAAACCAGCUCCACCACCAAUAGUCACUGUUCGCAAAUCAAGCACUGCCCAUACCACCAGUAAUUAUGUUUCACAGAAUAAUACAACAAACAAGACUGCCAACAACUCAAGUUCCUUAACAUCAUCAAGCAUUUCAUCUCCAGCCGUUAAUGGAAACACCUCAUCGAAGAAAAAGUAUGGUAAAUUGGAUGCUCCGGGCAGCCCGUCACGAUCGAGAAGCGCAACAAAGGAAUUGAUACUUCCUCCUGAUGACUCGUUGAUGUGCAAACCGGAAUUCACAAAGGCCUUAAAGAAUCUAACAAUUAAAGAUGGUGAAACAUUGACGCUAUCUUGUACGGUUCAAGGGGAUCCAGAACCACAGAUAACAUGGUCAAAGAAUGGCAAGGCCAUCUCGUCAUCCGAAAUUAUGGACUUGAAAUAUAAAAACGGAGUCGCAACAUUGACAAUAAACGAAGUGUUCCCGGAAGAUGAGGGAGUGUACACAUGCACAGCCACCAAUUCAAUUGGAUCGACAGAAACCAGCUCAAAACUAACGAUACAACCUAUGGAAAAUGGAAAGUCCAAACAUGCAACCACCGGUGACAAGCCACCAAAAGUAGUCAGCCACUUAGAAUCCCGUUUCGUGAAGGACGGCGAAGCUGUCACAUUGGCCUGUCGCAUCAUCGGCGCCCAGAAAUUCGAUGUCGUCUGGUUGCACAACAACAAAGAGAUUAAGCCAUCCAAAGAUUUCCAAUACACGAACGAAGCGAACAUUUACAAACUACAAAUCGCCGAAAUAUUCCCCGAAGACUCGGGCACCUACACCUGCGAAGCAUUCAACGAUGCCGGCGAAAGUUUCAGCACCUGUACGAUCAAUGUGCUAGUACCCGGCGAAGAGCCCAAAUCGCCUGCCUUUGCCAAAUUCCCCAAUUCGAUAACCGUACCCGCUGGCGAAUCGGCCAAAUUCGAAUGCGAAUUACAGGAAAAUGUUUUGCAAUUGAAUUGGUUGAAGGAUGGCAAACCGAUCGAAGAGUCAAGCCCUAGAUAUAAACUGACGAUGGACGGCAAUAAGUAUAACAUUGAAAUUGUGUCAUGUUCUGUGUCGGACAUUGGUCAAUAUCAGGCGAAAGCCAUUGGCAAGAAGGGCGAAACAUUUGCUGCCUUUUCAGUAAAUGUUAGUUCGACUGAACAGUAAAACAACCGAGACAGCGUUAAUAAAUUUAGAUUUUUUGUUAGCUUUUUCUUUCACUCAAAAAUUUAAUUAUUUUCUUUUCUAAAUGGAAAUGUUUUACGUCUUAAGUCUUCUAUCGAAUGUGCAAAGAUUUAAUUUUUUAGUUUUUAGCGAAUAUUUGUUGAGAAAAAAAAGAAGAAGAAAAACCAAUUGGAACGAAAAUAUUCUCUUAACUGUGGUGUGACAUCAAACAAAUCCACUCGCUUGGAAUUGUGGAAAUGUCACCCGGAAUUUGAAGAUUUUAUUUUGAGAGAAUUAUUUAGAGUCAAAAAAAAAACGAGAAAAAUUCAUUGCUUCUAUGCGGUCAUUGGGACACAUCUCCAGCAUCCUCAACGCACAUAUCCGUAACAUCUGAAUUAUGUCUGAUGGCAUCAUUAGUCGUGACGAGACUUCCAUCUCAAUCGCUACGGCUGGUGAUCCAUCAAACGAAGAUGGGUCGCAUUGACUGCAUAAAACCUUAGAUGAAUUGAACCCAAACGAAUUAUAUUUAUUUAAAAAGAAAAUUGGAGAGAACAAUAUUUUGAUGCCUCUCUCUCUCCGCUCUUUUUGCGAUGAAAAACCAAAAAA